UGUAGGCCUUGUCUGGAAAUUGGCCAGUACACUCUCCACCUAGGUCCUAGGGGGGCAGGAAAGGGACCUUAAAACCCCAUUUUCUAGUCUCAUUGUGUCCAAAUCUAAGUUGUUACUAUCUUGUUCUAGUAAUCGUCUAAAAUAUUAGAUACAAUGUUGGGGAAACGAAAGCGUGUGGUGUUGACAAUUAAGGACAAGCUUGACAUUAUUAAGAAACUUGAGGAAGGCAUCUCUUUCAAAAAACUUUCUGUGGUGUAUGGAAUUGGUGAAUCCACAGUGCGUGAUAUUAAAAAAAACAAAGAAAGGAUAAUAAACUAUGCAAACAGUUCAGAUCCUACAAGUGGGGUAUCCAAACGUAAAUCUAUGAAGUCAUCAACAUAUGAGGAACUUGAUAGAGUUAUGAUAGAGUGGUUUAACCAACAGAAAACAGAGGGGAUUCCAGUGUCUGGAACGAUUUGUGCAAAACAAGCCAAGUUCUUUUUUGACGCCCUGGGGAUGGAAGGUGAUUUUAAUGCAUCAUCUGGCUGGCUGACUCGAUUUAAGCAGCGCCAUGGUAUUCCAAAGGCUGCUGGUAAAGGAACAAAACUGAAAGGAGAUGAAACUGCUGCCAGUGAGUUUUGUGGUAACUUUCAGGAAUUCGUUGAGAGAGAGAAUCUACAACCAGAACAAAUUUAUGGUGCUGAUCAAACUGGAUUGUUCUGGAAAUGUCUACCGUCAAGGACAUUAGCUCUUGAAACUGAGCAGAGUAUUUCUGGUUAUAGGUCAAGCAGAGAGAGAAUCAUUAUUAUGUGUUGUGCAAAUGCCACAGGUUUACACAAACUUAAUCUUUGUGUUGUGGGGAAAGCAAAAAAACCUCGUGCGUUCAAAGGAGCUGACCUUUCAAACCUUCCUGUCACUUAUUUCAGUCAAAAAAGUGCAUGGAUAGAACAUUCUGUUUUCAGACAGUGGUUUGAAAAGUACUUUGUGCCACAGGUACAGAAGCAUUUGAAAUCCAAGGGGCUUCUAGAAAAAGCAGUGCUCCUUUUGGAUUUUCCCCCAGCCCAUCCAAAUGAAGAACUGUUGAGUUCAGAUGAUGGCAGAAUAAUGGUGAAAUAUCUACCACCAAAUGUCACAAGUCUCAUUCAGCCUAUGAGCCAAGGAGUUCUAGCCACAGUAAAAAGAUACUACCGAGCAGGACUUCUCCAGAAGUACGUGGAUGAAGGAAUUGACCCCAAAAUGUUCUGGAAGAACUUGACAGUGUUAGAUGCAAUUUAUGAAGUGUCAAGAGCUUGGAACAUGGUAAAAUCAAGUACCAUAACCAAAGCAUGGAAAAAACUUUUCCCUGGCAAUGAAGAGAAUUCAGGCAUGAAUAUUGAUGAAGGAGCCAUUUUAGCAGCUAACUUAGCAACAGUUUUACAGAAUACAGAAGACUGUGAACAUGUUGACCUUGAGAAUAUUGAUCAGUGGUUUGACUCUCGGAGUAAUGACUCAAACUGUCCAGUGCUAACUGACAGUGAAGGUGCAGAGGACCGGGCCAAGCCUGCCGAGCACAAGCCUUCCAGUAAGACUAGAAAAACAGAACUGAACCCGGAGAAGCAUAUUAGCCACAAAGCUGCACUUGAAUGGACCGAAAAUUUACUGGAUUAUCUAGAACAACAGGAUGACAUGCUUCUGUCUGAUAAACUGGUGUUGCGGAGGCUUCGAACAAUAAUAAGAAGAAAACAGAAGAUCCAGAAUAACAAAAGUCAUUAAUAAUCCUCUUAAGGGUUUCGGUGUGUUUGCAUCUUUGUGACUUUAUCUGCAGUGGAACUUAAUUAUCGUGUUUGAAGUGCUGUGGAUUUCAAGGCCAAAUACAUUUUAUUAAUGAAUUUAGGAUUAGAUGCUGUUUUGGAUUACUUAAAUUACUGUGCUUGAAUGUCGAUUCUAGGAAGUGAGCAUUGACCUGUAUCUUGUCUGUUUCUAAUCUGUAUUAUACUAAUUUAGAUCAUAAGGUACCUGAGGCCAGGGAUCCUGUGUAUGUUUUGUGCCUGAAUUUCAUUGUCUAAUAGAGUACCAUGCACAUUCUAGGCAAUCAAUAAAUCUUUCUUAAAUUGAAUUUUUAU